AUGGCUCCAACAUCCGGCCCCGCCAAACCAACUAUCAACCCCCCACCCCCCACUCUGGACGAAGACACAAUCGAUGACCUUCUCUACUUCAGCCGUGAAGGCGAACUAUCCGACCUUAAAGAAACCAUCUCCGAACUCUCCAAAUCUCUAAACCGGUAUUCUCUCGAAAUACCGGCUUCGGCAGUCGACCCUUACAGCGGGAACACAUGUCUACACAUGGCAGCAGCGAAUAACCAUGUCGAGGUUGUGGAGUACAUAUUAUCACUAGAAUCACCACCGUUGGCUACACCGGUUGUGCAUCCUGAAGUUUCGUCUUCUGCUACUUCUACUACUACUGCUACAAAUAAUACUACUACUACAUCGACAUCGUUAUCGAAUAUAACAUCGGACGGAACAACUAUUACACUACUGUCGUCAUAUUUACACACACUGUUAAACUUCCCGAACGAAAGUGGGAAUACACCGCUGCACUGGGCUUGUUUGAAUGGAAACAUCGAGGCUGUGAAGGUGCUGGUGAAAGCCGGAGCGGAUCCUGGAGUUCUAAAUACUGCUGGACAUGAUUGUGUGUACGAGGCUGAGGUUAAUGAUAAGAGUAAUGUGGUAGAAUGGGUGUUGAACUUUGCAGAGGGAUUGGAGAGUGGAGUCGGAGUGGUAGGGGAUGAAGAUGGCGACGAGAAGGAACAGAAGGACAAUGCAGAUGUUCUGAGGGAUGAGGGGAGCCAUCAUCAAGAGAAGAAUGAGGAGGGAGAUGAGAAGGAUGGACAGGCUGGAGUUACAAUUGAGAAGCUUGAUAUCUCUGAAAAGGAGCCUACUAUACGAUGA